CAGGGCCCGGGAACCGCGGCAGGGCUCGGGAACCGCGACAGGGACCGGGAACCGCGGCAGGGCCCGCUGCAGGGCGCGCGGGGGCGGCACCGGGAGCGACUCAGGCGCCGGCGGAGCCAGGCCAGGAGCGGAAGCCCGCGGGACCCCCCCAGGACCCCCGGCCAUGUCGGACAGCGAGGACAGCAACUUCUCCGAGGAGGAGAGCGAGCGCAGCAGCGACGAGGGCGACGACAACGAGCCCGAGGAGCAGCGCGGGGGGGGCAGCGGCAAGGAGGAGCCCGAGGAGGAGGAGGAGGAGGAGGAGGAAGAGGAGGAGGAGGAGGAGUACGACGAGGAGGAGGAGGAGGAGGAAGAUGACGACAGGCCGGCCAAGAAACCGCGGCACGGGGGGUUCAUCCUGGACGAGGCUGAUGUUGAUGAUGAGUACGAGGAUGAAGAUCAGUGGGAGGACGGGGCCGAGGACAUCCUGGAGAAAGAGGAGAUCGAAGCCUCCAACAUCGACAACGUGGUGCUGGACGAGGAUCGCUCGGGGGCGCGGCGCCUGCAGAACCUCUGGAGGGACCAGCGCGAGGAGGAGCUGGGCGAGUACUACAUGAAGAAAUACGCCAAGUCCUCUGUGGGCGAGACAGUUUACGGCGGCUCGGACGAGCUCUCGGAUGACAUCACCCAGCAGCAGCUGCUGCCUGGCGUCAAGGACCCCAAUCUCUGGACUGUCAAGUGCAAGAUCGGGGAGGAGCGCGCCACCGCCAUCGCCCUCAUGCGCAAAUUCAUCGCCUACCAGUACACGGAGACGCCCCUGCAGAUCAAGUCGGUGGUGGCCCCCGAGCACGUCCGGGGGUACCUGUACGUCGAGGCCUACAAGCAGACGCACGUCAAGCAGGCCAUCGAGGGCGUGGGCAACCUGCGCCUGGGCUACUGGAACCAGCAGAUGGUGCCCAUCAAGGAGAUGACCGACGUGCUCAAGGUGGUCAAGGAGGUGACCAACCUCAAACCCAAGGCCUGGGUGCGCCUCAAGAGGGGCAUCUACAAGGACGACAUUGCCCAGGUGGAUUACGUGGAGCCCAGCCAGAACCAGAUCUCCCUGAAGAUGAUCCCCAGGAUCGACUUCGACCGCAUCAAGGCCCGGAUGAGCCUGAAGGACUGGUUCGCCAAGCGUAAGAAAUUCAAGCGCCCCCCCCAGCGCCUCUUCGACGCCGAGAAAAUCCGCUCCCUGGGCGGGGACGUGGCCUCCGACGGCGACUUCCUGAUCUUCGAGGGCAACCGCUACAGCCGCAAGGGCUUCCUGUUCAAGAGCUUCGCCAUGUCUGCUGUGGUGAGCCCAAAACUGCCCAAAUUCCACCCAAAAACUGCCCAGAACGGGCCUGUUCCCACCCAGAAUGGGCCUGUUCCCACCCAGAAUGGGCUUCCUGUUCAAGAGCUUCGCCAUGUCUGCUGUGAUCACCGAGGGCGUCAAGCCCACCCUGUCCGAGCUGGAGAAGUUCGAGGACCAACCCGAGGGCAUCGACCUGGAGGUGGUGACCGAGAGCACAGGGAAGGAGCGCGAGCACAACUUCCAGCCUGGCGACAACGUGGAGGUGUGCGAGGGCGAGCUGAUCAACCUGCAGGGCAAGAUCCUGAGCGUGGACGGCAACAAGAUCACCAUCAUGCCCAAGCACGAGGACCUGAAGGACAUGCUGGAGUUCCCGGCGCAGGAGCUGCGCAAGUACUUCCGGAUGGGCGACCACGUGAAGGUGAUCGCCGGGCGCUUCGAGGGGGACACCGGGCUCAUCGUCAGGGUGGAGGAGAACUUCGUCAUCCUCUUCUCCGACCUGACCAUGCACGAGCUGAAGGUGCUGCCCCGGGACCUGCAGCUCUGCUCCGAGACAGCCUCGGGCGUGGACGUGGGGGGGCAGCACGAGUGGGGGGAGCUGGUGCAGCUGGACCCCCAGACCGUGGGGGUCAUCGUGCGCCUGGAGCGCGAGACCUUCCAGGUGCUGAACAUGUACGGCAAGGUGGUGACGGUGCGCCACCAGGCGGUGACGCGGAAGAAGGACAAUCGCUUCGCCGUGGCGCUGGACUCGGAGCAGAACAACAUCCACGUCAAGGACAUCGUCAAAGUCAUCGACGGCCCCCACUCCGGCCGCGAGGGCGAGAUCCGCCACCUGUUCCGCGGCUUCGCCUUCCUGCACUGCAAGAAGCUGGUGGAGAACGGGGGCAUGUUCGUCUGCAAGACGCGGCACCUGGUCCUGGCGGGGGGCUCCAAGCCUCGGGACGUCACCAACUUCGCCAUGUGCGGCUUCACGCCCAUGUCCCCCCGCAUCAGCAGCCCCAUGCACCCCAGCGGGGCCGGGCAGAGGGGCGGAUUUGGGGCCGGGGGGCUCAGCCGGGGCCGCGGCCGGCGCGACAACGACCUGAUCGGGCAGACGGUGCGCAUCUCCCAGGGGCCCUACAAAGGGUACAUCGGCGUGGUGAAGGACGCCACCGAGUCGACGGCGCGGGUGGAGCUGCACUCGACGUGCCAGACCAUCUCAGUGGACAGGCAGAGACUGACCACCGUGGGGUCCCGGCGCCCCGGGGGUCUCACCUCGGCCUACGGGAGGACCCCCAUGUACGGCUCACAGACCCCCAUGUACGGCUCAGGGUCCCGCACGCCCAUGUACGGCUCACAGACCCCCCUGCACGAUGGUGAGUGACGGGGACACUGGGGACA